GCACUGAGCAAUCGCGUUUUCUUUAAUCUUUCUUAACAAUUCUUAAAUUUAUGCACAUCCGCUUUUUUUUUCGCUGAAUGUGCUUUAUUUGAAAUGUACUUUAAAGCAAAAUUAACACGAAAUGAACAAUUAACAAGAAGUCGAAUAGACAUAAAUUACAUGAGCACCAUCGACCGCAUCUUUCUGGUGACGUCACGAAUCCUUGUUUGCGGCCUGUCUUACGAAGCGGGACAUGUCGUCUUCUUGUGAUGAGUUUUGAAAAAGAAGAAGACAAUAACAAACCCAAGUUAAUCCCCCAGUCAAUAAAGUGAACUCAAUAUGAAUAAUACAUUUAACACAAUUUUACUAGUUUACUUGUCUGCCUGCAUUUCAACUUUUGGUGCUACCACGUAAAAUCUUUAAGGAUGCCAGAAGAGGCAAUUUACAAACAAUAUCUUCAAAGCUUGAAGAGCACAGUAGAAGGAUUGCUAGUGUCCCAAGUUGCCAAUGUUUGGUCUGUAUAUGGGGGAUUAAAUCGGCUUUAUUUAUGCCUGGAAAAGAUAUUUCAACAUGGGUGCAAAACCACUUCAGAGGAAGGCUGUUUCUAUGACUUUAUCCAGGGCCUCGAGUGGCUCCAACCAGAAACAUCUAAAUCGUACUUUGCCCUAGACUGUGAAUAUCGUCCCCAUGUACCUGCACAAUUAAAGUGUGACAAAUCAUUUAUUUGGUUGUACAGAAGCUUGGAAUCUCAUUCCAUAAGUUUUAAACUAUCAUGGUUAUUAGAUGAUUCUCACUUGCACUCAUGUUAUGAGUCAUGGGCAUUCCUGUGCCAAAAGGAAUAUGCCGAAGCCACUUUGAUAUGUUUGAGAGCAGUAGAAAAGAAUCAAGCAGGUUUCUUAUCAGACAUCAAUCCCUCCCUGUUCUUGACAAAUUGCCAUUCAAAAGAAUUUGUUCAGAUUCACCGGCGAACCUCAUCGUUUCCUGAUAAUCGAUUCAAGUAUUCGGGAACUAAACCUAAACCGAGUGCCUUAAAUAAUGUAGGUGAUAUAGUUGAAAAUGCGAAUUCAGCAGCUAGGAGACAAUUUAUAGGCAAAUUGAAGCCUUGGUCUAGUUUGCCUGCUUUGCCAAUAGAUAGUUCCGUUAAAGCCGCUAAAAGGGUCCGAUUUGAGAGCAAAACAACUCCAAAUACUCCAAUUCACACAAAGAAAAUAUCGCCAAGUGUGCUCAAAGUAGAUUAUAAAGCCCUAGAAGCAAAAAUACCUAAAGCUAGCCUAAAAAAAUCUACGGGAAAAUAUAAACUUAGUCCAAAACAUGUAAAGACCAUUUUAAUUAACAACAGUGACAUAGUUGAGUUUACGCCUCCGUUAAGCAGCAGUCAGAGCAGCGGAUUCGCUCAUGAAGAUGGUGAGAGCCACUGUUCUCCAAGCACUUCUUACGAGAAAACUGAGAAACGUCGAAGGUUUUUUUCACAAAGUCCGCUAUCUAUGAUGGAUUAUAGUUUUCUGCCGCAGCAAGGUGAAAAAGAUUAUAGCAGACAUCAACCAAAAAGCUUUAUUGAAGACGGUGGAAUGAGUAUUCUACCAAUGUCGACAGGACAAGGAUACUUUCCUAAACCUAUCAAAGGACAAAGUCUCACCUCCUACUUAGCAUCAAGCAAACUCGCAUCUAGUCACGCUGAACUCGACAGGGAAAAUGCACAUUUCAGUGUUUCAGAGGCCAUAAUAUCAGCUAUGGAAAAGCUAAAGUGCCAAUAUAAAGAUAUGAGUUGUCGGAAUAAAUUAUUGUCGGAUAGUGACGAUAGUGGCGAUAGAAGCACCGAGCAGAGGAUUCGUCGAAGAAGAGGACAGCAUAUCCCGGAUCAUCGAUGGAAACAGAUGUCUGCUUCUUUAUUGAGUGAUGGACGAACUGAUACGGCUACUACAGUCAGUCCCAAUUCCACACCUACUGACUGCCCUUCGGAAUGCAGCUCUGAAGAAGUAGAUGAUUUGGAGAUUGAUGAAGCUAACAAUCUAAAGGAAAAUCAAGGUUUGUCAAUGUCCAUGGCAUCUCUGUAUUCUGAUGCUGAUAUUUUGCGGAAACCUAGAGGCGCACCAGAUGGAGCUUCAGAGGUGGCUACAGUAGUUACAGCAUCAGAUGUUCUCAGUGCUGAAGGCGUUGCUCUCUCACUACUUAGUAAAUUUAAUGAGAAACAUUUACCGAAAGCUUCCGAUUUAGAAUGGUUGGUAUCUGAAGAAGAAGCUCCUCAAGCACUGUUACCAUUGCCAAAAAGUUGGCCCGUGAAUCCUGAUGGCCAUGAGCAACUCGUAACCCCACUACGUGGUACAAGAGAUUGGGCACCUCCAAGACCUCAGAUAGUAUUAACGUUACUUCCAUCACCAUCGCGAAAAGAAAUAAUGAACAAACAACAUUUCAAAUGUGCUGGUUGUGGCAUCGUAGUAGCGGAACAAUACGCUUCAAAAUUUCGUUAUUGUAAUUACUUAGGAAAAUAUUUUUGUACCGGAUGCCACAAAAACCAAGUAGCGCUAAUACCAGCACGAAUCUUGUAUAAAUGGGACUUCCAUCGGUAUCCAGUAUCCACAUUUUCUUUUAAGCUCUUGGAGCAAAUGUACAGUGAUCCAUUAUUUCGAAUAUUUGACUUGAACAAAAAUAUUAGAAAAUUUUCAAAGAAUCUAGAAUUUAUUAGAAAAUAUAGAGUGGGUUUAUUUUAUCUUAAGGAGUAUAUUUUUACCUGCCGGUUUGCUGAAACAGUGCAAGAAAGACUGGAGAAGGAUUUGCCCCCAUACUUUUUAUCGAAACCCGAUGAAUAUUCCAUAGAUGAUCUAGUCAAUAUAAAAAAUGGCGAACUGAAAACAAAACUGAAGUUUUUAGGCGAAAUUUGCCUUAGACAUACAUCCGAAUGUAAACUCUGUCUCGCUCGAGGAUACAUUUGCGAAUUCUGCAACGCGAACGAUAUAAUAUUUCCAUGGCAGAUGCGAACGGUUAUCAGAUGUUCACAAUGUUUCACAUGCUACCACUUGAAAUGUUGGGAUGAUGCGGGAGAUGCUAAAUGUCCAAAGUGUGAACGAAAAAUGAAAAGAAAAGCCGAAACCGCUAGUUAAUAGCAGGUUGAGUUUUCUGAGAUGUACUGCUUGCUUCACUCAUUUAUAGUACAAGAAACAAAUGUAAAUGUAAAUUUGUUAUUAAGAAAUACAUAUAUUAUAUUGCAUCUAGUCUUCUGCUAUUUUAGCAGAGCGGAAACAGAUCGAUGUUUUUAUUAUUCAUAAAUUUAUUUUACAUGUGUUACGAACAAAUUUCAUUCGUUUUUGCAAACUUAUUUGUAUGGCUUCCCUCUUCACAUUUCAUUCAUUUUUAAUAAUGAAGUUUCACGAUUUAACCGUAUAUAAUCUAUACACAAUUGAAAAACUUUAGUUAAAGCGAUAACGUAGUAAAAUUGUGUAAUUUCGUGGGCUUAAAGCUAAAACUGAAUUCUAAAACACCAAUUUUUGGUAAAUAAAUGCACUACUAAAUUUGAAUCAUUAAAAGUCAUUAAAAACGUAUUUUAGUGCACCUGUUUGUGUGGCUGUCAGCUUUUUAAAGCAAAUAUUUUAUUUUUUUAAAUUACUUGGUCAACAAAUACGGCAAUUUUGGACUUUAGCUUUAAACCCACGAUUUAUCAGGAUUAUUUCAUGACACUGUAUUGUAUUUUACUUGUUCUGCUUACUUUCCUAUUAUUAUUCGUUGCCUAAAUAGAAUUUGCCAUAUUAAUACAGUUAAAA